UCCCACUCCACCGCUGCCCCACCCCUCCGGCCCAGACCGGAAAUGAGGUCAGAAAGGGAAACCCCGGCGGGGAGACUCGGCCCCAAAAGCGGCGGCCAUUGGAGGUGGCUGCGGCAGCUGUUUGUGCCGGAGAAGGGCCGACCCCCCUGCCCGGGUGAGCCCAAAUGAGAAGUUGCUUCCUGCCGCCCCCCGGCCUUCGCCGCGACCGUGCGCCUGCCUCUUUUUACUCCUCUCCGUCUCCCGGCCUUGUGUUUGCGUGACUUAGCCUUUCCUCUCCUCGAGAGCUAGCUGGACAAGGGGGUCGUCUUGGAGCGCGCACCUGAGGACUGAAGAUGUGGCCUCAUGGAUGAGCUGGUACAUGACUUAGCCUCAGCAUUGGAGCAGACAUCUGAGCAGAAUAAGCUUGGUGAGCUGUGGGAGGAGAUGGCUCUGAGCCCUCGGCAGCAGAGGCGGCAGCUUCGCAAAAGGAGAGGCCGGAAGCGCCGUUCAGACUUCACUCACCUGGCAGAGCAUACCUGCUGCUACAGUGAGGCCUCUGAGUCAAGUCUCGAUGAGGCCAUUAAGGACUGUCGAGAAUUGGCCCCUGUUGCCAAUUUUAGUGACUCUGAUGACACAAUGGUAGCCAAACGGCACCCAGCUCUCAAUGCCAUUGUGAAGAGUAAGCAACACUCUUGGCAUGAAUCUGACUCCUUUACCGAAAAUGCACCAUGUCGACCACUCCGGCGCCGGAGGAAGGUGAAGCGAGUGACAUCAGAGGUGGCCGCCAGCCUUCAGCAGAAGCUCAAGGUGUCAGAUUGGAGCUAUGAGAGAGGCUGCAGGUUCAAGUCAGCUAAGAAGCAGCGUCUGUCCCGCUGGAAGGAGAAUACUCCCUGGACCUCAUCAGGUCAUGGGUUGUGUGAAUCAGCAGAAAAUAGGACUUUCCUAAGCAAAACAGGAAGGAAAGAAAGGAUGGAGUGUGAAGCAGAUGAACAAAAACAGGGCUCUGAUGAGAACAUGUCAGAAUGUGAAACCAGCAGUGUGUGUAGCAGCAGUGACACAGGACUCUUUACCAACGACGAAGGAAGGCAAGGGGAUGAUGAGCAGAGUGAUUGGUUCUAUGAGGGAGAGUGUGUCCCAGGAUUCACUGUUCCUAAUCUUCUGCCCAAGUGGGCUCCUGAUCAUUGCUCUGAAGUAGAAAGAAUGGAUUCUGGACUGGAUAAACUUUCUGAUUCCACAUUCCUUUUACCUUCUCGACCAGCUCAAAGAGGGUACCAUGCCCGCUUGAAUCGUCUGCCUGGAGCUGCAGCUCGAUGCCUCAGAAAGGGCCGAAGAAGGCUUGCUGGGAAGGAGACCAGCAUAAGUACUGAGAGGAUAGGCCACAUCAUUAGUGACCCUCGGCAGAAGGAAAAGAAUAAAGCAUUGGCUUCUGAUUUUCCUCACAUUUCUGCUUGUGCACAUGAGUUUAAUCCUCUGUCUCCCCUUUAUUCCUUGGACGUUCUCACUGAUGCUUCUCACCGAAGAUGUUCACCAGCACACUGCUCUGCCAGACAGGCAAACAUACACUUGGGACCCCCAUGUUCACGUGACAUCAAGAGGAAGCGGAAACCUGUGGCCACAGCAUCUCUCUCUACCCCAAAUGCAGUGCACGUGGAUGUAGUGGAGCCAACAACACCAGCAUCACAGGUCCAGAAACCUCCAAACCCUGAGUGGUUGGUCAGGACCUCUGCCACAGAGAAAGCCACUGACUCAGCUGCAGCUACAUUUUUUAAAAUGCCACCGGAAAAGAGCCCUGGAUACAGCUAAAGAGCAGGAUUCCACCCACCAGGAGCCACUGGGUGUUGUGAGAUGCAUCCUAGACUUGGUAUUGCAGAGUCUUGCUUAACAUAAUUGACAUUCCCAGUCCUUUCACCGCCAGGAUGAUCCUACUUCCAAACAAAGCAGUGGACUUUCUCUUAGAAAAUCAUGUUGUGGAAAUCAGUUUUGUUUUUUUUUUUUUUUAAAGUAAAGUAUUGAAGCAGCAAUUUUUUUUUUUUUAAAAAAAGGUCAUCCUAUGCUAUCUUUGUUAUGUUGUUAUCAUUGUCCCAACAGCUACCUACAGCUCCUUUUACAGAGCUGUUGCUUUUUGCAGGUAUGUCUCUUUUCUUGAAAAACUAGUAACUGCUUUUGCAUACUGUUUAUGUAGAGCUUUUAAUAUCAUUUGAAGAAGUCCCAAAUUUGUAGCCAGUUCUAGACAGAUGUAAACACUGAGUUAAGACCUGUGUGUGCGAUUGUGUUUACAAGAGAUAGAGUUUGCCUUUGAGCAUGGUCUUGAUUCACUGAGAGUGCCAAUAAGCCAAAUUCACCAAGUCCUCAUUUGGGAGCUUCAGAGGAGACACCAGCAGCAUGGACGGUGGGAACUUCUUCCAUUUUUCUAAAUGGCCCAAUGGGAUCUUCAGCAGCUGCACCAUACUUUGCCUCAUCUCCAGAGUUGGUGUUCUCCCAUAGAAGGAUAUGUAUAUUCAUAAUAUAAUGAAGAAAUGGUUUAGUUGUUCAGCAAACUUAAAAUAGUCUGUGUAUUGUGUCUUAAUACUUCAUGUCAUAGUGUAAGCUUUUAUGUACUAAAUGGGAUUUUUAUUGUUAGCUUAUAGGUCAAUAACCUGUAGCAGAAAUUCACACUCUAUUAUAAUAAUGGCUUCUUGGGGGCCAUAUUUGGGGAGAAAAAUGUCUUUUUGACACGCCUUUAUACUUGGCGUGUUUAUGACGGCUCAGCUGUGUGUGGAGUUAUAUAUACAGCCAUGCCUGAAGUUGGAUGCUCCUUUGUCAAAAUGAGGAAUAAGUGACUGCCUGGAGCUGCUGGAGAGAAGCCGCCCUUUCUAAAAAAGUAUUAUCAAGAGUGUCUGUCAUUCAGGGGCCUAGUUGACAGAAGGGUUCUUUUUUGUACGAGUUGAGUACAUUUACUUUGAAAUACAGAGAAACGGUCCUCUAAAUGCCCACUUCUCUGCUAACAGAACUCCCAGCCCCACCCCUGGGUAUUUCCUGUGCUUCCUGAAUAGGUGCUGAGUGCAACAGAGCCUCCUUCCCCCCAAAGCGCAGCUGUCCUCUUUCCUCAUACAGAAUGUGAGGGUGGGCUGCUCUCUCCUGUUCCCUUUAAAAAGGAUAGUCCUUCUUAGUGCUAAUGCCAGGAUUUCCUUGUUGAUGGGCACAUGUGUGAAUCUAGUUGGAGGGGGGAUUUGAAACUAAUUUAAAUGGCACUUUCUGUAAGAUGGAUAACACAUCAGUUGUCCAUAACAAGAAGUCUGGUGGAGGGAGGGACAGAUGGAGAUUAUGGGGUUGAGAAGUAGCAUUAAAGCCAACCCAGGAUCCCCAGGAGUCACCCCUGGUUCUCCUGUCAUCCCUCGAGGCUGUAUCCAUAGCAGUAUAGAAAAUAAAGUGCCUGUUGAAUAUGAAGUGGCACUCCCAAGUUGUUUUAGUGCAGAAGGUGGGUUUUAUUGUCAUAUGUGCAUUCUUACCUAGUUCCCAUCGUGUCCUCAGACACAUUUCUGAUGUAAUUUGUUGGAUUUCAGGGAAAAAUCCAUGGACAUAAUUUUCUUUGCGCUAAGCUCUGGCUCUUUAAGAGAUAGGUCCUAUGAUCAUGGCUUAUUCAGACCUCCACAGUCCAGUUAGACUGUUGUUGCCAAGCAGUUCUCUUUUCUACCUGUGAUUACAAAUAAUUUAUAUAUACAACUUUGUUUACAUUUUAAACAUCUCUAGGAUGUACUGCCAUUUUACAGAGACGAAAAUGGUCACAGAGUAUAGCGACUUGCCCAAAAAUCACAGGAUCGAGUCAAGACUAAAAUCCCAGAUUUUCAGCCUUCCUCUGCCCUGGGUUAUAAUCUUUUGUUUUUCGUUGAUAGAUCUGAGUCACUCUGAGACCCAUAAUUUUGAAACAGUGUGUCAUGAAUGUUUAUUAUCUUUCUUGGGCAUGCUUUUCUACAUAUUUUGAAUACAUACAAUGGGGACUAUCCAAAAAUGCCAUAUCUCCCUGUAAUAAGUGGGGAAGAAAAUUAAUUGCCUAAGAAAUAGCCAUUAAUACUUUGCAACACAGGGUUGUAAAUUGUGCUCCUCAUUUUAAGCUGCUGCAUGAGCAUGCUGACAGAAUUAUUAACCAACUUACUUUGCUUGUUUUCUAUGAGUCAAUUCCAAAGGAAUAACCUUAGAAUUGAGUGUUUUUUGAAUCAUAAAUUUUAAAUUUAUUUUUUAUAUAGCAAAGUGUAUAUGAUACCAUACACUGAGUAGUCUGUUACCUUUCAACAAAAGAUAUAAUUUCAAAUCAGGUUUUAUAGUCUAUUGAAAAAACUGAUAGCAUGACUUCCUUUGAGGAUAAUCAUUGAGCUCACAUGUAUUUGAUCUGCUCAGAAGUGGUAACUGGAGUGGAGUUCCACAGUUCUUACGUAUUUCAGGCUUCUGAUUUAUCCUAGCUUGGCUUCACAAUCUGCCUGUCUGAUCUUCUGUAUUUUCUACAAGGAGCAGAAGUCAAGACAUUAUCCACUUGCAUGAGCAUCAUUAUUAAAAAUUAGUGUUGCUUAUGCAUUUAAGGGAAUUUGAGAUUGUUUUCCCGAUGCAGCAUUUUAAAGGGAACAGAUUCAUUUGCAUCACAACUCUUGUGUUGCUUUUUUGGUAAGAACCCAUGCAGAAGAGGGAAUUAGCUGUUUACAUGGUGCCAAAUUUAGGUGGGGCAAAGUGUGAUCUUUAUUGAGUGGUGUGUGCUUGAUAAAUAAGGUGCAUUUAACCUUGAAGUCUUUUGAAAUCAAAUGCAAUUAAAAAUAUCAGACAUUGUUUUACUGAGCUGUGAAACAGGCUGCAAACAAAGCCAUUUGGCAGCAGAAUGACCAAAAGCUGAAAUAAAAUUUCUUAUUCUGUGAUGCUUGUGGCAUCCUUUUUGCUAAUGAGUAAAGCUCCGCACUGACGACAGGUAAUUAAACUAUUUAUGAAUCCCACAUAGAUGACUGUGAUCUAUCUUCUUGCAUUUUGGCAUCAGAAACACAGUCUGGACCACAGCAUUGGAAGUUCUGGAGCUGCAGAGGAACAGGGCUAUCACAGAGGUCACUUGGAGUCGGACAAAUUAGAGUCAUGUGAAAGGAGCUAGGCUGGCAGUGUCAUUGCUGAUGUGAGGGCUUCUCCAUUUGGCUCCAGGUGAGGGCUCCUGGUGAAGUUUGAUCAUUUCAGGUCUUUUCUUUAGUUUGGCUUCAUUCCUGUGGUUUGAACCAUAUGCCUUUUGUUUCCUAGGGAGAAAGCUAAGUAGCAGCAUUGGGAGCCGUAGUCAGUGUUCUGUAAGUCUGGUGAGCCUUAUCAGAGCCUGGGUGAAAACAGUGGCUAGAACAGACUCUACCAGUGGUGGAUAUGGUCCAGUUGGGGGUGCAGUUUGCAGGGUGCAUCUUGAUGCAUGGGGUGACAGGAGAGAUGGUAAAAGCAGUUUGCCAUUGGUGCCAGCUGCUCCCUUUAUUAACGCUUGAGCUGUCUUGUCAGUAUUUUCUUAUCUCCUGCUCCAGUCAUGCCAGCUAGUGGAGUUACUAAUGGUGGUAGCAGUCAGGAUGGGUCCCUACCCCAUCAAGAAGUGGUACAGAGGGAAAAGGUGAGGGAAUCGGUGGGUUCUGCUGUGACACUAAGUGCAAGGUGGCCCAGAGAUGCUUUUACCUACAUUAAGAUCCCAAAACAGAUGAAUGUCAAAUGCCUGGAAACAGCAGCAUUGAAAAGAAGCAAGGGAAGUGAAUGAUCUUGCUGAAGAGUGUGGAUUGUAAGGUUUUUAACAAGCCCAGCAAAACAGACCUCGGGCCAGAAGAAGAGCUUUGGCUGUCACCGCAAAUAGACCUGAUAAGCACUUGGCAAAACUGCAGGGUUUUUGGAGUGAAAACUUUUCCAAGCACACUAUAAAAGAAUGAGGCGGAUCCCAAAGAUGUUCACCAGGGAGGGCAAUCUUGGCAAAGUCCCAAAGUGAGAAAGCAUGAGGAAGAGAAGGAGAGAUGCUUAGUCAGGGGUGCUGGGGCCCCUUGACCACCAGCAGCAGUACGUACUUGCCCCUACCAGACCCACUGAAUCGGAAACUGAGGGUGAGCCUGGCAGUCUUACUAGCCCUUUGGGGGACUCUGGUGCACGCCAGUGAUUUGAGAACCACAGACUGUGCUGUACUUAAAUGUUUUAAUAUAUGGGCAUCCCCCUAAGCUCUGAGGUACACUUAUAUUUCCCUCCAUAACUAUAGACCUGUUUUGUGAAUGAUUCUUUGCAGAAACUGUUAAUGUCUUUGUUUCCCAUGCUUUUUCUUAAAGCCCUUAAAAGAUCUCCUGGAAAUACUGAGAAUGAAUGAUGUAGAGAAAAAUGCCAUCAAGGCUAUAUUUAGGUGGAUGGAAACAACCUUUAAAGUGGUUUAAAAUAUAACAAUGAAUUUUUAGUCUGUGAAUGAUAGUCGUUUUUCACAAUAGACAGUAAAACAUUUGUGUAAGGUACUGCCAUCCAUGAUUUCAUGAUAUUUGUUCAUUACAUCUUAGAUUCCCAGGAAAAUGUCGUGUAUUCUCCAGCAUGAUAAUGAUGAAGUCUUUAAAAUAUGGCUGACAAAAAUGAAAAUAAUUGGAAGAAAAAACCAUCCUGAGUACAUAGUGUUGUAUAAUAAAUACUUGUUGUGUUAUUGGUGA